UGCUUUGUGGGGUUUGGGGCAGGAACGGGAAUCCUGGGAACUGCGAGAUAAGCGAUGGUGACCGAGUUGUGAUGUGAAAGGCACGACGAUCCGAACACGCGAUCCGAGCGAUCAAAGCAAUCGCUGCUCAUCAAUUCAUCAAACAACUCUGAAUCUGUCAUCUGUGGACACGGAGAGCCGCUUCACAUUUUUAGACCUGGUACCUCUGGUCUACAUGCUCCAACCUACUGUAUAACCUCACUCAUCCCCAUCUCUCGCCUAGCCCCUGCCGAGCUGCCGGGCGGAGAUCAGCUGACGAUCGGUGACCUCCGCAGUGACAAGCCCAUGCGGCAAUGGAAUGCCGGAAUCCACCACCUGCUGCCAGCUGCCCGCUGCCCACUCCCACCUAAUAUAUCCCGUUCCCAGCCACGUCGACUCCCAUCUCUCACGCUCACUCUCACGCUCACCAUGACGGUCAACUCCCGCGUCGCAAUCAUCACCGGUGCGAGCCAGGGCAUUGGGGCCGCCAUCGCCCGCCGGCUCGCCAAGGACGGGCUCGACCUCGCGCUCGCCGACCUCGAGGGCGCGCAGCCUGCGCUCGCCAAGCUUGUCGCGGAGCUCAACGCGGGCGGCGGCAAGGCUAUUGCCGUGACCUGCGACGUGCGCAGCAAGGAGGACGUGGAUGCGCUCGUCGAGAAGGCUGCGGCGGAGCUGGGGCGCGUUGACGUCAUGAUCGCCAACGCGGGCAUCGCGCCCGUCGGCCCGUUCCUCGACGUCUCCGUCGAGACCAUGGACAACCUGCACGCCGUGAAUGUCCGCGGCGUGUUCCUGUGCUACCAGGCCGCGGCGCGCCAGAUGAUCAAGCAGGGCGGGGGGGGCAAGCUCAUCGCGGCCUGCUCGACGGCUGGAUGGCAGGGAUACCCCGGCUUCUCAAUGUACUCCGCGACCAAAUUCGCCGUGCGCUCGCUCAACCAGUCGGCCGCCAAAGAACUGGGCCGGCACAACAUCACGUGCAACGUGUACUGUCCUUCGCCGGUGGACACGCAGAUGUGGACGGACAUCGACAAGACGCUCAGCGCGCAGCUCGGCGGGCAGCAGGGCGCGAUCACCGAAGCCCGCCUCAAAGUCACGCCGAUGGGCCGGCUCGUGCAGGCCACGGACGUGGCCAACCUCGUGUCGUUCCUCGUCGGGCCCGACUCGAACUUUAUCUCGGGCGAGAGUAUUGUGGUUUCCGGCGCGGACUCGGUCGCCUAAAGAUAUGGUACCGUAGGACGGGACGUCCAGGACGUUGACGGCGCGGAGACGUGUAGGAAAAGUCAGAAGUGGCAAUGUGAUGAUGUGGAUGAUACGCGA